AUGUACUUGCCAAUAGCCUACCAGCUGCUGGCGCGCAAGAGCAUCGACGUGCACCCGAUUCUGCAGCUUGGACAGCACCGCGGCGACGCUCUUCACCAGGGCGUCUCGAUGAAUGCCGCCGCACCCAGUGUGCAGACAGGCAUCACCUUGUUCACCGGGUUCCUGUUCCAUGCGACGCGCAUGCAGCUGCCGAGCAUGUCUGACCCGGUGUUUCUCUCGGAUGUUAUCAUGGCGGAUAUCCUGACCAGCUGCGCACGGAUAUUGGCCGACCUGUGUCUGGUUAUGUGCCAGUUUUCCACCCUGCUCGAGCUUGGCAGACUGGCUGAUGCUGUGCGGUCCAAGGAAACCGGGACCAUGUGCGUGGACCCAGGCACAUUGGGAGCGCUAGUGGUUGCGAUGCCAUAUGCGUUCCGGCUGCGUCAGUGCGUAAACGAGUACAUGAAGGCGCCGAGACACAGCUCGGAGGCCAAGCGGCACUUGGCGAAUGCUGUGAAAUACGCGUCGUCGUUUCCGGUAAUCUGUCUGUCAGCGACGCAGAAAAAGGUCGUGGUGCGCGGGCUGCUGGGCGCAAAGUCGUCGGACUGGUCGAUUGGGUUUGUGUUUGGGCUGUGGAUUCUGUCGGUUGCCUUUAACUCGCUGUACUCGUUUUACUGGGACAUUGCGUUUGACUGGGAUCUCGGAUACUCAAGGACGACUGGCUGGCGGAUUGCCGACCUGAUCGCACCACAGGCAGCCGUGAGAACACACCAUGCAGCCAACGACGGUGGCGAUGCAGAACAGGAGGAGAAGGGUGUAGCGACAUCGCAUUUGUCGCCAGCCGACGCUCUGAAGGAGGAAGCCAGCAGGAGCAAUAGCUUUGAGUGGAUUUUGCGGCCUCGCCUGUGUUUUGCGCCGCCCAUGCUGUACUAUUUUGCCAUGGCCACAGAUUUCUUGCUGCGCGUUGCGUGGGCAAUGAAGCUGAGCCCGCAUAUCCAGAUUGACACCAUGCCGUACGGUGGCCUAUGGCUCAAUGUCCUGGAAAUCUACCGCCGCUGGCAGUGGACGUUCCUACGAAUCGAAAAAGAGGCUGCCGCCAUGCCUCCUUUCUAA